UCCCGCCGUGGGAGCGGGCCACCCGUCGCGGUGGUAGGGGUGUGCACUGCCCGCGGCGGCACGCGCCACCAGCGACCACCGUAACGCCGUCACACACCGUCACACGCCGUGACGACUAUAAGAGAAGGUGUGCAACUGUAACACCAUGUCAGAUCGCCAGAGACGUGAGCCCACCAUGCAGCGAAUUGUUCUGAUCCUGUGCGUCGCAGCGGUGGCACUGGCCGCCCCCGCCGCCCAGUACCGGGGCACCAGCGCGCGGAGACGCAACCGCUACCAGAGUAUCGCCUCUCGGGGCACCACUACCCCGGCGUACAGCCCGCAGGAGGCGGUCACCACGACUGCCGCGCCGCCCGCCUCUGAGAGCACCACUCGGCAGUACGAGCAGCCCGCGCAGCCCUCCCCGACCCCCUCCUCGGACGUUAGGGGGUACCGCCAGCGGACGCAGCCGGCUCCCGCGGCGGCGGCAGCGUCCAACAGGGCCAGCCAGAGGUACAGCGGCGGCACGGCGCAGCGGUACAACAGUGCUGCAAACCAGCAGUACAGCAACGCCGCACCCCAGCAAUACAGCAGCGGCGGAACGAACCGGCAGUACAGCAGCAGCGGAACCCAGCAGUACAGCGGGAGCGGAACCCAGCAGUACAGCGGGAGCGGAGUGAAUCAGCAGCGUACCCCACCCGUACCCAUCGUGCGCUACCAGAACGCACCGACCGGGGACGGCGGCAACCAGCACGCCUACGAGACGGGGAACGGCAUCCAACGUGAGGAGGGCGUCUUCAUCAAGGAGCUGACCGUGACUGGCGAGGACGGCAAGCAGAAGACGGUCCGGGUGCCCGUCUACCGGGGCUCGUUCAAGUACCAGCAGCCGGACGGCACCUUCAUCGAGGUGCAGUACGAGGCCGACGAGACGGGCUUCCACGCCGUGGGCGACUCGAUCCCGCAGGCACUGCAGUAGACGCCUGCCGUGAACGAUCCUCCGGGGACUGCAGUGGGGGCGUGGGGUGAGGGGCGUGCAGCGGCCGCAGGAGGAGUCUGCUUCAGUGAGCUGACGGUGAGGUCGGUCCGAAGUGAGGUCAAGGUGGGAAGUGGUUGAAGAGCGGUGGUUUAUGUCGACUUGUUGAUAACGAUGGUGAGAGUGAAGUCCUGCACCCCAGACCUGUCAAACUGCCCUAAAAUUGCAGUAUGUAUAUUGAUGUUUGUAGCAACGUAAAAUGGCUGAUGAUAUAAACAUGAAUGAGAACUGGAGAGGCAAGAGACACACGGCACGCUGACAUACAGUGUAAUGGAUCUCCGGGAAAGACUGCGUCUUUCUCUGACGAUUCCUAAAGAUCUUCAUUGCUCAGAUCAGUUUGCUAUCUGCGGUAUUCUAAAGGCAAACGGUAGGCCGAAAGAUUGUUUUGAGUGUUAGUGCACCAUCGCAUUUUUAUGGUGGAUGAUCGGGCAAACCGAUCAAAGACGCAAAAUAAUGACGCUUAGUUUUGCAUGAUCUUUGUGAAAUGCAUGCCGGAUUCGUGAAAAUAUACAUGAAUUAAGCCACGUA